UUUGAGUCUCAGACACUCGGAGGGUGAAGCGAUAGUACGCUCGGACGGCAAAGCUUGUUCUGUAAGGUGUCUCUGUUCAGGCUCUUCUAUACGGACCAUCAUCCGGGAAGCUCUGGAGAUAUUUCGCCUGUGUGGUGGGUAAAUAAAUGUCAGAGCGCCCACUGACGUCGCUUUCCAAAUCCUCACCUCAGCGCGCAAGAAAAAGAGGAACAAGGAUUGCGUGCUCCCCGGGACCUGCGCUUCAUAAGCUGCGUGAUCCAAAAGCUUGCUGGGACUAAAUAAAUCGAAUGAUAUGAACAUGUGUUCAGUCUUAAAUCUAAUUUGCAUUUAAUCUAGAUGCAGUAUUGAGCGUGCGGCCGAAGAAAGGCGCAUGAGGCGAAAUAUUUUCCUCUGUAUUCAGUUUCAUUUGUCCAACUUUACAUUCUCGCGGCAAGUAAAUAAUCAGACGGUGUUUGAUUUUGAUAGCCGAGACUCUGACUUAUUGGACUGACUUUCCCAAGAGGUUACGCUCUGAAGAACAACGUGUUUAUGGAUGUCUGCGCAGCGAGGAACACCGGGAGUUGUAGGCUUUGCGCUUCUGCGUCGAUCAUGUUGAUGCCUCGUUGUUGCUGUAAACUUUGAUAGAUGUUUACUGGACGAUUUCAGCGAUACCGAGAAACCCUUUGCACAGUUAAGUUCUGCUAAGCUCAGACUGACCUCUGGGGGAAAGUGGGAAGCGCCUUUUCGCCCUGCCUCAUUUUUUUUUCUCCAGAAACGUCAGGACGGAUCUCUAUCACGCAAUCUGACUCUCCUUCUGUGGUUUAAACAAAGGCCAAGUGUUUGGGGAUAGCAUGGCAAUGGUAGUAAAUCAGUGGCCAGAGAACAUUUCUGCAGAUCCGGGGUCUCAGCUCCAGAUAUGCGGCCAGGAGCCCGGCGGGGCGCCUGGAACACCGAACGGUUCCACCCCGGGGAACGACGCACUUUCCGGGGACAAGAUUCCCAACGUAGACUGCAUGGUGUGUGGGGACAAGUCCAGUGGGAAGCAUUACGGUCAGUUCACCUGCGAGGGAUGCAAAAGCUUCUUUAAGCGCUCUGUGCGGCGGAACCUCACUUACACCUGCCGGGGGAACCGAGACUGCCCCAUCGACCAGCACCACCGGAACCAGUGUCAGUACUGCCGACUGAAGAAGUGCCUCAAAGUCGGCAUGAGGAGAGAAGCUGUACAGCGAGGACGCACAUCAAACUCCCAGAGCAGUCCGGGGCAGUACCUGACCAAUGGCACCGACCCCUACAACGGCCAGCCCUACCUGUCGGGUUUCAUCUCUCUGCUGCUUCGCGCUGAGCCCUACCCAACUUCUCGCUACGGGGCUCAGUGCAUGCAGGGGAACAACCUGAUGGGCAUCGAGAACAUCUGCGAGCUCGCGGCCAGGCUGCUGUUCAGCGCUGUCGAGUGGGCCAAGAACAUCCCCUUUUUUCCCGAUCUGCAGCUCAUGGAUCAGGUGGCCUUGCUGCGGAUGUCAUGGAGCGAACUCUUCGUCCUAAACGCCGCCCAGUGCUCCAUGCCGCUUCAUGUGGCCCCUCUGUUGGCAGCGGCCGGCCUGCACGCAUCACCUAUGUCAGCCGAGCGUGUCGUGGCCUUCAUGGACCACAUCCGAGUCUUCCAAGAGCAGGUGGAGAAACUGAAGGCCCUGCAGGUCGACACGGCUGAAUAUUCUUGCCUCAAGUCCAUCGUGCUCUUUACGUCUGAUGCUAUGGGCUUGUCAGACGUUGCUCAUGUGGAGAGCAUCCAGGAGAAGUCUCAGUGUGCUCUGGAGGAGUACGUAAGGAACCAGUACCCCAGCCAGCCGAACCGCUUUGGACGCCUCCUCCUCCGCCUGCCCUCCCUGCGCAUCGUCUCCUCUCCGGUCAUCGAGCAGUUGUUUUUUGUGCGCCUUGUCGGCAAGACACCAAUCGAGACGCUCCUCCGCGACAUGCUGCUCUCAGGCUCCAGCUACAACUGGCCCUACAUGCCCGCCGUACAGCGAGAGCGGCCCAUCUCCCUCCACUACAAUGAGAACGGGCCCUGAAGUGGAAGGACAGACGAAGGAGAAGCUGCGUGGGAAAUUAAGGUCAAAGGUUGACCUGACUACUCAUCCAUCCAUCUUUUCUUCCCUUCACUAUCUGUGUAAAACUUCCCCAGAGGAAGUAUCUCCCUCACCAUUCCGCUCUAAAGACCGCCAAUGAUACACCACCGUCCCGGUUACAUUCACCAUCGCUGACACAGAGACUCGGUGGCCCGUUGCAGUUCCUCAGCUGAGGCUACUUUUGAGAUGUGGCGUGAGAUAGCAGGUUGGUCGAAUGGGUGAUUGCGCAGUUCACCAGCAGGUCUGUUGGACUCACUUCAGAUGUCAGUCUCAAAACCCACGCAAACAAUCGCUGUGUGUUAGCAUCUGUGCACAAGCAUGGCGAAUGCUGAGCAAGGGCUUGACCGAUGGGACAGCCAAGAGCACAAAACCUGAUGUAAAUAUACCAAUUUUUCUAAAAAAAGAAAACCAGAAGCCAUUAAAAAAGACAAAUGCCAAAAUGUCUUGAACUUUUGCAGAGGAUGUUUUAUUGUGUGUUUGUAUUAGCACUGUUUAUAUGGAGAGAAAACUCAUGAUUGUGUCCAUAUGUACAGUAUAUCAUUGAUUCAUAGACAUCUAAGGCAUAUUAGGGUUCAGUUGGGGAAGCUCAGGUUCAGAGGGUGGGUACGCAGACAUGCCAGUAUCAGAAGAAAAGAUGUUACACAGCAGCCUGUGCCAAAGCUGACAAAUCACACUGUUUGGAGUAUUUUGUGAUAGUGGUGGUGAUAUAUCUAUAUACAUCUAUAUAUAUAGAUAUAUAUAGUUUGGUUUGUCUAUAAUUUGACUACACACUUGUUGUGGGGUCUCAGGGGAGAGAAGGACUUUGUAAAAAUACAAAUAAAAGGCACUUGCAUUAAAAACUAGUCCAAAUGUGCAGAAUCACAUCACCGCUGCAUCCUUUCUACCCUGUUUGGCUCAAGAAUAUUUUUUCUUACUCAAAAGGCCCGUUUUUAACUCCUCCGUGGUGUUAUCACCGGGGGGACAAAUCUCAUCCUCUUUAUUAGUUUUUUUUUGUUAGUAAUGA